UUUUCACAAUUUGGACCGGCUCUUGCACCACGAUGACAUAAUGCCAUUUAGUUUACCAGCUAAUGCUUUCAACCUCAUUUGAAUCAAGCAAAGCAAUGAUACUAAGUGCGGGGAUUUUACUUCUUGUUGGCAUCGUAAACUGUGUUCCUUUCAAACCGUACGAGUUCAACGCGGCACCCCCAGGUUACUACUGGAGAGAGUACGACGGAAAAAUACCAGCCGACGCAUUCCCCGGCGGCAGUGACAAGGAUGAACUUCUCACAUACAUUGGCCAGAUCUACCUGAAAGAUUACGGACUGUUGCCGGCAACCAUAACUCCAGGAUCAACUUUCGCGGUCUCCUCGUCGCAGGGCAAGACGAUACAGACCGACAAAGAUGUCAAGAUACUCUGCAGCGUGGACCAGCAUAUGUUUAGGUGGGUGGUGAGCAAGAUUGGAAACGAGCACUUGUUUAAAGCCGACUGUCCAUUAGUAAACGGCGGUUCGGAAGCCAAUCAAAUCAUACACAUCGGACGGGUAAUGCACGAAGGAGCGACUAUAAUCGGAAGAGUUUUCAGUUACUGGGAGAUUUACAAAGGGUUGUGGAUACCGCAUAAUGGACAACAGAAGCACUUUGAUUCUUACGAAAUUUUAACCUUCAAUUGUCAGAGAUAGGUUACGAAUAAAUAAUUUCUUACGUUAUGCGGACUUGCCGUAAAUUAAACCGA